GCAACUGCUGGAAGACGUCAUCCUCAGAGACCUGGGGUGUGGAGGGAGCACAGCUGUCAGUGGAUGAUACCCAACACUGCCCAACCUGCAGCUGCUGCCAUGGAGGAUGUGGAGUCACGCUUUGCACACCUUCUGCAGCCCAUCCGUGACCUCACCAAGAACUGGGAGGUGGAUGUGGCUGCACAGCUCGGGGAGUACCUGGAGGAGCUGGACCAAAUCUGUAUUUCCUUUGACGGUGGCAAAACAACCAUGAACUUCAUAGAAGCAGCUCUGUUAAUCCAGGGCUCUGCCUGCAUCUACAGCAAGAAGGUGGAGUACCUGUACUCACUGGUCUACCAAGCACUCGAUUCCAUCUCCAACAAGAAGCGGGAAAGGCAGCCCUGCUCCGUGGGACCAGAUGGCAAGGAUGCAGAUGCAACCUUUGGGAUGGAGAAGGAAGAGUUCCUUUCCCUGGAUGACAUCAGCAACACCAGCCAGGCCAGCGUAGACUUGAAAAUGGACCAUCAGCCCAGUGCUGUGAACGUUGUUCCCUUGACUCCAAUGUCUUUGGUUCCCCCAGAAGAGGCUGAGAAGAUAAACAACCCUCUGUUCAGCCGGAAAGGGGAGAUCCUGGCCAGCAGGAAGGAUUUCAGGAUGAACACGUGCACCCCUCACACCAGUGGAGCCUUCAUGCUGGAGCUGGCAGGGCUCUCCCCAGUGUGUUUGCAGGAUCGGAAUCGUGAAGAGAACAACGCUGGCGGAGCAGUAGGAGCACAGUCCUCUGUCGUCGGUGGGAGGGAAUCCCUACGUGUGAGCAGCGGUGCGAUGCCUGUCCAGGCACUGAACUUCUCAGAUGAUGGAGGUGCUGCAGGACCAGAUGAUGACCACGAUGGAGGGGAUGACUUGCCUGUGGACCCCAAGGACAACAUGGAAGUGACUCCAGCUGCCAAUGAACACAUUGAGCUGCAGCGGAGUGUGCCCCAGGUGAAGGGUUACAUGCUGAGGCAGCGAGCCCCUGCUGAGGACCUUCAGUCCCACAUCAAGGAGAUGCUGGAUCCCUGGCAAAGCCUUGACCCCUUUGGUGACUCUGAGGAGAAACCCUUCAGGAAAGGGAGGCCCUUCCUGGUGCCACAUGGCAUGGAUGACUUGGUUGGUAGCAAGCGGAAAAGGAAAGGAUCCAGAAAGCUUCAGGACUUCUUGAAAUGGUUUUCUGCCACCUACAACAACAGUGCUGACUGCAGGAAAACCAGGAGGAAAGGACCGACGUUUGCUGAUCUGGAGGUGCUGUACUGGAAGCAGCAGAAGGAGCGGCUCGCAGCACAGAGGAAGUUGCAGAGCAGGAUGGGACCACCCUUGUCACUACCGCCAGGGCAUGAAGAAGAGGAGCAGGAAGAGCUGGAUGCGCUGGAGGAGGAGCGGGGCAAUGAAGAGGAUGGGGAAGCAGCAGAUGACUUUAUGGAGCACGAGUUCAUCCAGGAGGAGGAUGUGGAGAAUCUAGUCGAGAAAGCUAUGGCUCCCUGCGAUGUGGACGCGCUGAGCUAUGAGGAGCUGGUGAGGAAGAACGUGGAGCUGUUCAUUGCCAAUUCCCAGAGGUAUGUACAGGAGACAGAGCUCUCCCAGCACAUCCGCCUUUGGGAGGAGAAGAUGGGGCCGGCACUGCAGGAGCAGGAGGAGCGCACGGCCUUCGACAUCCACAGCUACGGGGACAGGCUGGCAGCUCGCUUCUCCAGCCUGGGUGAGUGGCAGUCCUUUGCCAGCCUGGUGGCCGGCCUGCCACCCUUCGAGGUGUGCCGCUACAUGCUGGCCUCACUGCAGCUGGUGAGUGUGGGAAGGAGCUCCUGGGGGUGG